CUCCCUUGCCCUCCAUCACUCCUCAACUUCUUCACCUGACACAGGGGCUCAGUUGGGAGGAGAUUUUCUUUUUUGUUUCUUUGGCCCUUUUUUUUUUGCAGCUGAGACGAUCAGGGACAGUUGGACAUGAGGAGACACUGUGGACACAGAGGCAUGAGGAGCACAUGUGUAUGUGACGCCACCCUCCUCGUCCUCCUGCUGCUGCUGUCAAUCAUCUCUCUGGUCACCUGUGCUGUUUCUCCAAGUUCAGGAAGUUCGGACUUAAGAGAGAGCUCAAAACCCAAAGUGAAGACGUACUGGACGGAAAGCAGCAAGGCGUUCUCCAUCAGCCGCCUGCUCUCACAGUCGCUCGACGACAAAGACAACUUCACCUCGCUGGAUCUGAGCUACGAAGACGCAGACGCCUUCUCCAAACAGGAGCAGUGGAACUGGCUUCACAACGCCUCCAACCACCGCGACCCUCGAUCCAGGACCAAGCGGAGGCCGAUCGUCAAGACCGGCAAGUUCAAGAAGAUGUUCGGCUGGGGCGACUUUCACUCCAACAUCAAGACGGUGAAGCUCAACCUGCUCAUCACCGGUAAAAUCGUGGAUCACGGCAACGGCACGUUCAGCGUCUACUUCCGCCACAACUCAACGGGUCAGGGCAACGUUUCUGUGGGACUUGUUCCUCCGACAAAGGCCGUGGAGUUCCAGGUUCACCAGCAGCACCAUCAGUACCAGCAGCAGCAGCAGCAGACGGCACUGGAGACCAAGGAUACCAAGCUCUUCAACUGCAGGGUGGAGUACGAGAAGGUGGAGAAAGGCACCAGGAACUCGCUGUGCGCCCACGACCCGUCGCAGAGUUGCCCGCAGGAGCAGACGCAGAGCCACGUGUCCUGGCUCUGCUCCAAACCCUUCAAGGUCAUCUGCAUCUUCAUCACCUUCUACAGCACCGACUACAAGCUGGUGCAGAAGGUGUGUCCAGACUACAACUACCACAGCGACACCCCCUACCUGCCCACCGGGUGAUCGCAGCGCCUCCAAACACAGAGACAGAAAGACAGGCUGUCGGUUCCUGAGCAAUGUCAGAAUAUCUGAAAGGAAAACGGAGUCGAGACUCUUCAAAACCUGAGAAGUUGACAGGUUUUAUUACAGCUAACACAUCCUGAUAUUGCUCCGAUGAGCAGCUCUGCCCUCGGGUCAAUGUGAGAGCAUUUAGGGAGGCGGUUAUCGCCUCGCAAAACACUCAUACUAUAUGCAUAGCUGCUUACACGGAAAAAGGGGAAAAUUCUCAAGCCAACCAUGAAAAUACGCUGAUUGUAUUUAUGUAAAUAUCGUGGAUUCCACACACACAAAGGCCAGAAAACAAUUUUGUUUACGUUUUCCUCGCCGCUAUUUCCACCGUUUAUGUCGAGCGUGUGUUCCCGUGUCCAUCAUGCUUCCCGUCCUCUGGUGAUCACCGCGAACACGUCAAUGUCAACGCAAAGAAGAAGAAGAACCUGUCAGUUUGCAUUAGAGGGAAAACGCUAACAUAUUUUUUGAGUGGUGUUGUUUUUCUGUCGUCGUCGUCGUCGUCGAACCCUCGUCCACGUCCGUGCAUGAACUCAGUCUGUCCAUCUAUACUUUCAUGUUAUUGCAGCUGUCAUGAAUAAUCUUCAUCACGUUUUACAGGAGGGGUAAAAAAAAAAAGAGGUUUAAGGUUUAAAUUCUGUGUCGUGUGAUUGCAGUUUGAAGACGACGCGAGGAAACGGUGCAAUAACAGCGGCAGAAGAUGCAAAAGAUUAAUGAAACGGCUCCAAUUCUGCUUUUUUUCUCAGUCCUGUGUUUCCAUUUUAGACAUUUUGACAAAAGCUCAUAUGAUAGUUUAGUAGGAGCAAGUUUUAGGGACAAGCCAAUCUGGAAUUGGUCCAAUACUGGUCCUAAUCCCCUGGAUUGGACACCAGGAAAAAAAAAGAGAAAAGCAAAGAAAAAGUCAUGUCUGAUGUGAACUGAUGUAAACACUAAUAAAUAUCACGUAAACCGCUUCAAUAUGCACAGACUGUAAUGAAGAGCGACGUCAUGUGACCAAGAUAAAAGAAGAAAAAAUGCAAAUCAAGCAAAGUGUGAUUUUGUUUAUUAAAAAAGAUGAAAUAAUAACAAGCAG